UUACAGUCAUUUUUCCUGCACAUAACCCAUAAAGUAAAACCAAACGACAGAAGUAAACAUUGACCUAUUUGACAUAAACUAAGUAGGAAGUACUUGUUUGCUUUUAUUCAAAUUGUUUGGUGGAACUGGCUUCAGGAUCCUUCCUGCUCUUUGCUGAGCUCCAGAACAACGCCGAGCCCUUGCUGCAUUGCUAUUUUCUAAUCUGAAGUGCACUGGCACCCACUGAGCUGGGAACAAAACCAAAAAACUCAAAGUGAAAGUUUGUGUAGUUGACAUUGCUUGGUUUUGCUUUGAUAGAUCCCUUCCUGCCAAAAACACGGUUUCAAAGAAACACCCCGAUAAGCCGAGCUGAACAGGAGCUGUCCUUUGAAAUCAAACUAAGACAGUGGUUCCCAAAAAUUUUCUGGGCCCCCCUGUGGGUUACAAUGCUCUGAUCGGGUUUUUUGCUGCCGAUUCCGAUACCGAUCACCCAUGGUAUCGGAUCACCCAUGGUAUCUUUGCCGAUCGCCUGGAUUGACUGUUUAUUUUUCACGUUAGUUAUAAAUGAUACUAUGUGAUCUGGCAAAAUUUUAAAAAUGAUCUGGUAAUAAAUUUACCUAAUUAACGUAAACAUGCAACAUACUUGCAGGCACUAGACCGAGCUACUCAGUCAAAAGAACAACUGAAAAACCUGCAACCAGUUAACCAACCUUUAACAGUAAGGCUCUCUGUACCCUAAAUUAUACACGGGUCAAAUAAGUCUCUCAACACUGCCUAUAUCAAAUAAUGUCUAGUAAAAGAGGAAAACAUUCAUUCAAAGUCAAAUGCAGGUUGCAUCAAAAGACGUUCAGGGUGGAGCAGAAACGGCGCCCAGUAGCGCGUAGCGGCGGCUCAACAGCGGGAGCAGAACCAACAUCUUUCACCGCCAGCUCGAAGACACGAAUUAUUUUUCGGGCUAUUUGUUUAGCUUUGUGACCCGUGAUGCUAAUCCGGGUGAGUGUUGGUAGUUGUGCGCUGCUUUACCUGCUAUCUGGCCGCUCCGGAUGUCAUUUUUUCCUUGCAUUGAGCCUCCAUGUAGCCAAACUCUCUCAAGUGCUUGUUUUUUAAAAAUAUCAUAUUAGAUUCGUUCUGUUGAUGCAUUUUUACGUGCUUCACCCCCGAGGUAAUUUUACACUCUUACACAGUUCCUCACGACAGGAUUUGUUGCUGCGCGCUUGUGCAGUGUGGAGGAAAGAGGAGACGAGCUGCACACGCAGGCUGCGAAGUGAGAUACAGGUGAUCGUUUUGGUGAUCGGCAACAAGAGACAGUGAUCGGCGAUCAUACACUUGCUACUCCUGUAAGGUUCUAAUCAAUAGUAACUUGUCACACCAAAAUGUCAUCUGCUGUUAACAUGUUGGGCCCCAAAUUGAAAUCUGCUCACUGCCCCCAAAAUACUUGCGGACAGCCCUGCCUGGAAACCCUUAAAUUUACUUCCAGCCUUUUCCAGGCUCUAAAGGAACCCAAAGGCUUUUAUUUUGAAAGGCAGUACUCCCACCGGUGAGCACAGACGCUGCUGAGGAGAAGAGAAGGAUUUACUGUGUGUGUGUCUGUGUGUGUUUCAUACACGGCUGCAUUAAAGCAGGAGCUGCUGCAGCUGCACACACACAUCGAACUUCCUCCUCCUCUUCCUCUCUCUCUUUUUACCUCCUUCUCUUCUUCAUCACUGCAGCUCUCGCCGACGGCAGGUCCACUGGAUGGUGGAGACCUUUUAUUCCUCCCUCCAUCAUAUACAUAUAUUCACAGAGGGAGAGAGAGAAAGAGAGACCAACACACUCACGCAGGACCGCGGGAUCGCUGUCCGGGCUGUAGUUCGGGACGCCACGCAUUCUCCGGGUUUCAGCGGACCUCGGUAACCUCAGAGCCCCUCUCCAUCUGCCGGACUGCUGCUUUUAAAGUGCUGGUUGUGUUUGAGGCGGAGCGACACAGAAAAGAAGAGCGGACAACUUGAUUAUAGGCAAUUGAACUGAUUAGAUGAUAGGCCUGAUGUGGAUUUGUCAAAGAUGAACCGCGUCGAGACGAUGCGCUGAGACGCAAACGGCCCAGGCUCUCCGGUUGUGCGCUCAUCCAGAGGCUACAGCUAACGGAGAGAGAGAGAGGAGGGGGGUGGACUGCGGAAGAAAAGAGAGAGGGGAAGAGAAAAAAAAACCCACAAGAGGUUUCUGAUCCAUAAAGGUUGUGCCUGACUCAAAAAGGAGCGAGUCUCGCCCCUGGAACAGGGGGCGGAUAAGCGGAGAGGUAGAAGUCUAUCCAAACGAUGGCCACCCUACUGCGGAAGAUCGGUCUGAUCCGCCUGCACGACCGAGACACGGAGGAUCCGAAGCACCACCAGGGCUCGCUGAAGGGGACCAAGGGGAACCAGAAGAAUAACGCCAACAAACACUGUCAGACCGCCAACGAGACCAACCUGCUGAGCACCCCGGAGAUCAAGGCGAGGAAGCUGGACCAGCACGGCAAGGACAAGCCGGCCGGCAAAGACAAGCAGGGCAAGGAUGCGAAGGAGAAGCAGCAGACGGUGGGUGGAGGAGGAGGUGGUGGUGGUGGCGGAGGAGGAGGAGGAGGGAGCGGCGGCGGUAGCAAAGCCCCCAGCGCCUCCUCCGUGCCGCCGCUGGCGCCUCACCGGCAGCACUGCACCCAGGUGCGGACGCGGCGCCUGAUGAAGGAGCUGCAGGAGAUCCGGAGGUUAGGGGACAACUUCAUCACGGUGGAGCUGGUGGAGGACAACCUGUUCGACUGGAACGUCAAGCUGCACCAGGUGGACAAGGACUCGGCGCUGUGGCAGGACAUGAAGGAGACCAGCACCGAGUUCAUCCUGCUCAACGUCACCUUCCCCGACAACUUCCCCUUCUCGCCGCCGUUCAUGCGGGUCCUCACGCCGCGCCUGGAGAACGGCUACGUGCUGGACGGCGGGGCCAUCUGCAUGGAGCUGCUGACCCCCCGCGGGUGGUCCAGCGCCUACACGGUGGAGGCGGUGAUGAGGCAGUUCGCUGCCAGCCUUGUAAAAGGACAGGGCCGUAUUUGCAGGAAAUCAGGAAAGUCCAAGAAAGCUUUUAGUCGUAAAGAGGCUGAGGCCACAUUCAAGUCCCUGGUGAAGACCCACGAGAAGUACGGCUGGGUGUCCCCACCCAUUUCCGACGGCUGAGUAUCCGGCCGCCAUCCCUCCACCCGCCCGUGCUAGCCGGAGAGAAGAAGAAGAAGAAAAAAUACAAGCUAGCCUCGACGCGCAAAACAACACACCAUGCUAACUCAAAAAUGACUUAUCUUCACUUUUGGCUGUUUCACGCAACGUUUUUUUUUUUUUUUUUGGUAACGUUUUUUCAUUAUUACUGUUACCACACUACUACAGAAGCGGUUUUUUGUUGCUUUUUUUCUUUUUCUUCACCGUCUUGUCCAGGGAAUCUUUCUGCUAACUCAGAAAGAGGCAGCAGAGCAAGGAGGGCGUUCGUGUAUGAAUGUUUCACUUUAAAAGAAAUCAGCUGGGAAUGUGCGUCACUUCCAUCGGAUUUAUUUAUUUAUUUUCUUUUUCCUAUUCCCCCCAGCACACACUUAUGUAGGUGCAGCCGGACAAAUCGGAUAUGCGAACUUUUUUUUUUCCACACCAUGUGAAAGACUACUGAAUAAAGGAGACUCAUCUUUCUCGCCAAUCCUCUCUUUAGCACUGAACUGGCUACAACCAACCAUUCGUGUAGCUCUCGGGUCAUUUACAUACAAAUUAAGCUGUUAAUGUUUAAUAGACGGGCAGCGCACUGGCAUUUAUACCCACUUGUUCCGUCAUUCGUUUAGUUUUUUGUUUUUCUCCCUCUCUUGCUUUCGACUGUGCCGUUGCUCACGGUCCAAUGCAACAUAACGAUUGUAAUUUACAUGGAGCUGUGCUCUUACGCUUUCUUCUUUAACUUGCUUUGUUUCUCUUUCUCUCUCUUUCCUUCUCUUGUGGCUAAACUUAGAGCUGUGUUGCGUAGAUGGGUUUAAAAAAAAAAAGUCUCACGUUGCUUUAUGCAAAGCCCUUGUGUGAUAAACAGAAUGAUAGUCAGUCACCUUCUUUCGUUCUCUCUCUGCAUUCAUGUUAGCUUGUCUGUAGGAGUGGAAGGAGGAUGUAAUUCCCAUGAUUUAGAUACCAGAUGGUCCAGCUGAAGGCCGGGCUUCAGUGUGUCUGUGUGUUUACGAAGAGACAACCCUUUAAAACGGUGAAACACUUGGCUAACUGCGACUGACGCUACCACUUGAAGGGAGCGCUCAUUUCUUUAGCUAAACCACUAGCCGUCUUGUCCCGCUGUCUGUGUCAUUACGUUAAACAUGACUGGAGUUUUAACCGUAGACGAUGUCUGUCGACCCUUCAUGUAAAGAAGAAAAUGUUAGCAGGAAAAGAAUGGAAAAACCUUUUGGCUCCACACAGACGUUUCGCCGGCGCUUUAAGUGAAGGAAUGCAUCAGAGAACUCCUGAUUGAUGCGGCGGGGAGAAAAGGAGGACAAGGAAGGAAGGAAGAAGAAGAAGAAGAAGAAGAAGCUCUUUGAUCACUGCCGGCUGCUCUUGGGAAAAUGUCAGGCGGCUUUGCAAAGCGGCUGAGCGACGGGUUUUAUUUGCUCUACCUGUUGAGUUCUUGAGUUCCAUCCUUUUGAAAGGAGUUUCUAGGCGUCGGAAAUCAAGCGUACAGCCACAGUAUCAGUCAUGGGCCUUUUGGGCAGAGCGUCCGUCCGUCCCUCCGUCCGGUCCGGUCUGUUUCGCUACGUUCCAGGUAAAUGUCAGAGGAAAGGCCGCUAAUUGGUCUGACAUUUCCGCAGACCGUCAUUAGAAAAGAGCAGCGAGAGCAGGAGGACGGAGGACGUCAAGCCCCGCGCUGGGCACUGACAUAUCGUCGCUUUCGAAGCGAGGGAGCGGCCUGUUCGUGGCAAGAUGUAGCUAAAUGAUAAGUUCGGAUGAGCUGAAUCGUGGUUCGCGGCCGAUAGCAAACAUCCGUGAGCAAAACAAAACAACAACAACAAAAAAAAAACCGUCAACAGAGACACACCAUCUGGUAUGUGAUCAUGUUCUAAAGCGUGCUAGUGGUUUCUUUGUUUUUGGUUUGUUUUUUUUUACGAGUUUGGCUCUUUAAUUUCAGACAAAACUGUAAUCUGAGUAAUUGUUACAACAAAAUAUCUCAAAAGCUGAGUGUUUGCUGGUUCCAAGAGAAACCUUUUUUGUGACAUAGUUUAGACUGGUAGUUUGCAGAAACUAACUGGGUUAACUGACUAUUUGUAAUAUAUCUGCAUGUGUUACGUGAUUGGUAGCUAGCUACUGUAUAUCGUUUUUCAAGAAAAAGCAAGAAAAAUAGAGAAAACAAAAAUGCAAAUGCUUCUCUUUUCUUUAUUUUAAUUUAUAUUAAUAUUUUUUGUUUCUUUUUUUGAGUCCUGUACUGUAUGGACUUUCUAUUUCUUUCUAAAUGUCCUGAAUGGAAAAAAAAAAAAAAAGAAGUCACAUUGUGUUGAAUGUUUGUGUUUUAAUUUAUUUGUGGUUUGCCAAAACGAUGAUUUUUGAAGCAUGUUGCAGGAAAUGUCACCGGGAAAUGAGAGGAAACAAGCAAAAAAAAAAAAAAAAAAAGUAAACAAAACAAAAAAAGAUAGCUUAUGUAUUUGUGCGAUAGGGGGAAGGUGUGUUUUCGUUGGGGGUGAAACAAGAUUACGGGAGGGCAACACAUUCACUCGCUCCUUCCUGUUCCCCUCCGUAACGUCGCCACUGCCCCUUCCCUGUUGGUCCUAAUCGACUCACUGAUUUGGCUCGAGUGUAACGCAGUCAACACGGCCUGGACGCAGGCGACCCUCAGCAGCAGAUCUAGGAUCAGUAACUUCUCAAGGGAAUCUGACCCGUGAUCCGCUUACUUGCGAGCAACUUUGUUUUUUUUUUGUGCGUGUGUGUGUGUGUCCCACUCCUAGCUUGAAAGCGUUUGGUCAGAGACCGAGGUCUUAAAAAGUUCAAAAGGUGAAAGGUCGUUGCAAGACCAAACAGGAAUGUGCAAUAAAAAUGACAUCUUAUUGAAA